AUGCGCUUCAUCGAACGACACACAGGCAUCCGCGUGCCUCAUGCUCUCCAUGACGGGAUGACCGAGAAGAGUCCUGUUGGGUUGGGCCCAUUUAUUGUUAUGGAGUACAUCGAGAACGACUCGGAUCUUGUCGAUGCGCUCAAUAUACCUGGUCGCUCAGACGAUGACCGACCAGUCUUGAACCCUGAUAUCGCCGAAGGCAGGCUCCGGUCAGCGUACAGUGAGAUGGCAAACCUACUUCCCCAGAUAGCAAAAUAUUCAUUCAACGAGAUCGGGUGUAUUUCAAACACCGAGGACGAUGAUUUCGAUGAUGACUGGAUCGUCAUACAUCAUCCCUUGACCCUCAACAUGAACGAAUUCGUUCAGCUGGGCGGGUACCUACCCAGAUUUACUUCCCAACCAUACAUCCCAAACGGCAUCUUCCUAUUUCCUGGCACUAGCAGACAUAUAUAUCACGCAUCUGUCUUCAAAACGAAACAACGCGAUUACCUCCGCGGAAAACUGUCGAAGAAAAAUCGACUCCGCCGCCAUGAGCAUGGCCCAUUCAAGCUCUUCUGCGACGACUUCGGCCCCGCGAAUGUGCUCACCAAUUCCGAGCACAACUAUCGUAUUGUCGGGGCCAUCGACCGGGAAUUUUCCUACUGUGCCUCGGCUGAGUUUUUGUAUGAUCCCCCUUCAUGGCUCUUAUUGGAGCGCCCAGAAUACUGGGAGGAGGGAUUGGAGGACUGA